AUGGUCGAUCCCGCCGGCGAUGGCGUCGUCGCCCUGCAUGUCACCAUUGCCAUGCUAACGCUGAGUUGGGUAACGCUCAGCGCACGGCUCGCGGUGCGUAAAUGGCUGAAGCCAGAGGCGAUGGGGGCCGACGACUAUCUGAUGUUCGCUGGUCUGCCUCAGAUCCUCUACUCGGUGACAUGCGCCCUAGUCAUCGUCUGCUGCUUCUACGGCGCCGGGCAGCACUCGAAAGAUCUCACCCCGCCUGUUAUCAUGCACGGGACUAAGCUGUUCUUCAUCGCCGAGUUCUUUUAUUCGUCAUGUACGGUGCCCAUCAAGUCCAGCAUCUGUAUAACCCUCCUCCGCAUCGCUGAUGCCCGCCGUCGGUUCGUGUGGACCAUCUGGCUCGUCAUUGGCGCAACCGCCGUCGCUUCCAUUGUGUUCAUCCUCGUCAUCGCCAACAUCUGCCACCCCAUCACGGCGCUGUGGGGCGAGACGACCGGCGUCUGCAAUCCCGUCCUCAACAGCAGCGUCAGCUUCUUCUUCUCGGCCGUGUCCAUCGUCACCGACUUGACCCUGGCGAUCCUGCCCGCCAUCCUGCUGAUCCCCCUCCAAAUGAGAUGGCGAGUCAAGAUCUCGGUGGCCCUGAUGCUUGGCCUCGCUGCUUUUGCGAGUUGCGCAACCAUCAUCCGCCUCCGAUACCUCACACUGUACAAUGACCAGGCCGAGUUCAUGUUCAGCACGGGCCAGAUCGGGCUAUGGUCCGUAGUCGAGGAGGGAAUCGGCAUCUGUGCUGGAUCGAUGCCCACUCUGAAGCCCCUGCUCAGCCUGUCCAUCUUUGGCGGAAGCACCAAUGCCAGUCAUGAUCCGAGCCGGGGCACCCUCCCUUUAUCUGCAUCCAACCAACUGAAGCAAAGCGAGCAGGGAGAAGCCGUCAAGAUGGAGACUAUGCGCUCGCCGCGGAUCAGCAAGAACAAACAACGCGGGUCCUCGGAUGACGACAGUCUGAAGCACAUAUUGAAGGAGACCCGUGUUACCGUGACGGCCGAGACGUAUAAUACGAAUGAUGAUGCAUGGUCGAGGAAUCAGGUGCUGGGAUGGGACAACCGCGCCGGUCGGUAA